ACUGACAAUUAGAAGGGAAAAAAAAACAUGCCGAAAACUUCUGGUAAGCCGACAUCGCUGUCACCUUUGAGCAGUCCCAGCAUAUGCUCCUGCAUAUUUUCAUAAGACUCUGAUACAAAAGUUGGACCCCCUUAAACAAGUUAAUUUGCUGAGUAACAACAAAGAACCUAAAGCAUGUUUCACCUAAUCAAGAAAGACAAGGAGAAGGAAAAAGAGCUGGGCAAAAAGGAAAAGAAGGACAAGAAAGAGAAAAAAGAACGGAUGUCCCAGUCAGAGUUGAAAAGCCUGGAAGAGAUAAGCAUACGUAGGGGGUUCUUCCAUGUGAACAGAGGGAGCACCAAGAGGCAAUCUAGGACCAAGCUGGAGAUCUCUAACCCUAUUCCAAUUAAAGUAGCUAGUAACACAGAGAUUUCUCUGACAAGUGUAGAGAAAGAUCAUCUUCCCAAUACCCAGGAGCCUGAUGUAAGACAAACAUCUGCAAGUACAUCUGGCGAAGAUCAGAUUUGUAAUCAAUUGGAAUCUCAGCGCUGCUCUGUAAAGGAGAGAGCAGCUAAAUUUGGGGAACUGGCUAAGACCAAUUCAUCAGUGAGUCAGAGGCAAGCAACUAUGAGUCAAAAGAGUAUAGAUGGCAGCAACCCAAGUCUCUCAGAUCGGAGCAGGUCUACCUUUAAUUCAAUGUCCUAUCCCAACCCAAAAAGCACUGUUAAGGUUCACAUUCCUGAGAUUGUAGAGAAGACCUUCCCUGGCGUAAACCUACAGUUGCCUGCGCUUAUCACGCCACCAGUACCAGAUCCAAGAGAGCUUGAGAUUCAGAGGCGAAACACAGGGGACUUUGGCUUCUCUUUGAGGAGGACCACCAUGAUUGAGAGACAACAGGACGGAAGUGUGUGCCGGCGAGUUGUACAUUUUGCAGAACCAGGCGCAGGUACGAAGGACUGGGCUUUGGGCCUGGUGCCAGGAGACAGGCUUGUGGAAAUCAAUGGAAUCAACGUGGAGAGCAAAAACAGGGAUGAAAUUGUGGAGAUGAUCCGUCAGUCAGGAGAGGCAGUCCGGCUAAAGGUGCAGCCGAUUUUGGAACUUGGCGAGUUGAACCGCAGCUGGCUGAGGACCAUUCAAGCUCUGCCCAAAGAUACCGUCGAUGUAAAGGAGACGUCUUGCUCCCCUGCGGUGCCCAACGGUAAACCAUCCCCUGCUGCACAGGACAAUUCUACUGCAAAGUCCAAGAUUAUUGAGGACCCAGUGGCCAUCCUUCAGGCAGCACACUUAGCUGCAACUAAGGUGAAGACAGAGGAACAGUUGAAGGCAGAAAAGGCCUGGUAUGAAACGGAAAAAGUAUGGCUUGUCCACAAGGAUGGAUUUUCUCUGGCCACUCUCUUGAAGACGGAGGCAGACAGCCUGCCAGAGGGGAAGGUAAAAAUCCGCCUGGAGAGUGAUGGAUCUUUAUUGGAGGUGGAUGAAGAUGAUGUAGAGAAGGCAAAUCCGCCGCUGUUUGACCGAGUGGAGGACUUGGCCUCUCUGCAAUAUUUGAACGAGUCGAGCGUGAUGCACUCACUGCGGCAACGUUAUGGCAGCAACCUCCUGCACGCCCACGCUGGGCCCAACAUGGUGGUCAUUAACCCAAUUAGUGCCCCCUCUAUGUAUUCUGAGAAGGUCAUGCAGAUGUUCAAAGGCUGCAGAAAAGAAGACACAGCACCCCACAUUUACAGCUUGGCGCAGGCUGCCUAUAGAAGCCUCCUUACAACUCGUCAGGAUCAGUCCAUUGUCUUGCUUGGCAAGAGUGGAAGUGGCAAGACCACCAACUGUCAGCACAUCAUCCAGUACCUGGUUACCAUCGCUGGAAGCACCAACAAAUCAUUCUCCACAGAAAAAUGGCAGGCAGUGUAUUCAAUUUUGGAGGCUUUUGGAAAUGCUUCGACUUCCCUUAAUGGGAACGCAAGUCGCUUCUCCCACAUCGUUUCCCUGGAUUUCGACCAGGCAGGCCUGGUGACAUCAGCCUCUAUCCAGACGAUGCUUUUAGAGAAAAUGAGGGUGACGAGGAGACCAGAAGGGGAGUCCACUUUCAACGUGUUUUACUACCUGAUGGCUGGAGUAGAUAGUGCUCUUAGAACGGAGCUGCACCUCAACCACUUUGCUGACAACAAUGCAUUUGGAAUCACGCCGCAGAAUAAGGCAGAGGAUAAGCAGCGGGCCUCUCAGCAGUUUUCCAAACUGCAAGUAGCCCUGAAGGUCCUUGGGAUCAGUGCGGAUGAGCAGCGGGCCCUCUGGCUGGUUCUUGGGGCCAUCUAUCAUCUCGGAGCAGCUGGAGCUACCAAGACUGGCAGGAAACAAUUUGCACGUCACGAGUGGGCCCAGAAGGCAGCCUACCUGCUGGGCUGCUCCCUGGAGGAGCUUUCUUCCUCCAUCUUCAAGCAUCAGACCAAGGGCACCCUGCCCAGAACGGGCACCAUCCGCCAGGCUUCCGAGGAAAAUGGCACAGCAGAUGCAGGAUCCAAAUUCACAGCAAUGGAGUGUUUGGAGGCAAUGGCGUCAGGACUUUUCUCUGAAGUCUUUGCUGUCGUCGUAUCUUUGAUAAAUCGGGCCUUGAAAUCCAGUCAGCACUCCAUGUGCUCUUUGCUCAUUGUGGACACACCAGGCUUUCAGAACCCCAGGCUUGCUAAGCACGAGAGCGGCACAACCUUUGAAGACUUGUGCCACAACUACACUCAAGAACGCUUGCAGAGCCUCUUCUACCAGCGCACCUUUGUUCAGGAGCUGGAAAGAUACAAAGAGGAAAACAUUGAACUUGCCAUAGAAGACACUGAGCCCACCACUUCUCUCUCAGUGGCAGUGAUAGACCAAACCUCAAGCCAUGCGCUUGUGCGAACGGUUCGAACAGAUGAAGCACGGGGGCUUCUGUGGCUCAUGGAGGAAGAGGCUCUUCAGCCAGGAGGAUCAGCAGAAACACUUUUGGGACGUCUCUUCAGCUACUAUGGACCGGCUGAGGGCGAGAGUAAAGGUCACACUUUCCUUUUGAGGAGUGAGAAGGAAAAGCAUUUCCUGCUGGGCCACAGUCAUGGGACCGACUGGGUGGAGUAUGACGCCCGUGGGUGGUUGACCUACGCCAAACAGAACCCUGCGUCUACCAAUGCAAUCAACCUGCUGCAGGACUCCCAAAAGAAGAUAAUCAGCUCGUUGUUCACCACCCGGGCGGGUGGCGCCGUGGUGCUGUCCGGUUCCGUCGCCGGUCUCGAGGGCGUUUCCAACAUGUCUCUGCGUAGGGCUACCAGCAUGAGGAAGACCUUCAGUACAGGAGUUGCUGCAAUCAAGAAGAAGUCCUUGUGCAUCCAAAUAAAACUCCAAGUGGAUGCCCUUCUUGACACAUUGCGGAGGUCUAGGAUUCACUUUGUUCAUUGCAUAUUGCCCAAGGCAGAUGCUCUAAAGGCUCUUAGUGGAUCCCUGUUCAAAGGCGGGGAAUCCGAGGCUCAGGGGGAGAGUGGAGAUCCUGGCUUAAUGCAGCUGGAUGUAGCCUUUCUUCGUGCUCAAAUACGUGGAUCCAAGCUGCUCGAUGCCCUACGGAUCUACAGGCAAGGUUACCCCGAUCACAUGGUGUUUUCUGAGUUCCGACGGCGCUUUGAUGUGCUGGCCCCGCACCUCACCAAGAAACAUGGGAGGAAUUACAUCGUGAAGGAUGAGAAGAGAGCUGUGGAGGAGCUGUUGGAGUCUCUGGAUUUGGAGAAGAGCAGCUACCACAUGGGUCUGAGUAGGUUGUUUUUCAGAGCUGGGAUUUUGGCUAAGCUGGAGGAACAGCGGGAUGAGCAGACCAAGCGUAAUCUAACUCUGUUCCAAGCUUCCUGUAGAGGCUAUCUUGCACGGCAGGCCUUCAAGAAGAGAAAGAUCCAGGAUCUUGCAAUCAGGUGCAUUCAGAAAAACAUCAAGAAGAAUCGUGGUGUGAAAGACUGGCCUUGGUGGAAGCUCUUCAGUACAGUUCAGCCGCUCAUUCAAGUCCAGCUCACCGAGGAACAGAUGCGAAGCAAAGAUGAGGAGAUACAGCAGCAGAAAUUGAAGCUGGAGAGAGUGGAGAAAGAGCGGAGUGAAUUGAGACUGAACACAGAUCGAUUGGAGAGCAGGAUCUCAGAGUUGCUGGCUGAGCUCGCCGACGAGAGGAGCACCAGUGAGUCGGCUUCCCAGUUGCUGGAAACUGAAACUUCAGAGAGACUCCGCCUGGAGAAGGACAUGAAGGACCUGCAGGUUAAGUUUGAUGCCAUGAAAAAACAAAUGGAGUCACAGGAGAUGGAGCUCAUGGAAGCACGUCUCACAAAGGCUUCCGAGCUCAACGGCGAGCUGGAUGAUGACGACGAUUCUGGAGGCGAGUGGCGGAUAAAAUACAAUCGAGCCAUUCGGGAAAUGGACUUCACCAAAAAGAAACUCCAGCAGGAGUUUGAUGACAAGCUGGAGACAGAACAGCAGAGCAAAAGACAAGUUGAGAGAAAGCUGGCUGAUUUGCAGACAGAUAAUGAGGAUUUGCAGCGCUCUGUGCAGCAGCUGAAGAAGAAGUGCCAAAAGCUGACUGGCGAGCUGCAGGACACCAAGCUUCAUCUGGAAGGCCUGCAGAGCCGCAACCACGAUUUGGAGAAAAAACAGAGGAAAUUUGACCUGGAGCAGAGCCAGGUUCAGGACGAGGUACAAAGAGAAAAGAGUCAGCGGGAGAAACUGGCUCGUGAGAAAGACAUCAUGACUGGUGAGAUAUUUAACCUCCGCCAGCAGCUGCAGGACAAGGACACAGAACUGUACGCCGCCAAUGUGAAAGUGCAGCAACUGGAAGAAGAGCUGCGGGAUCUGUCCUCUCAGGAGUCCAAGGACGAGGCCUCGCUGGCUAAGUUAAAGAAGCAGCUUCACGACCUUGAGGCGAAGGUGAAAGAUCAGGAAGAGGAGUUGGAUGAGCAGGCGGGAUCAAUCCAAAUGCUGGAGCAGGCUAAGCUGAGACUUGAGAUGGAGAUGGAGAGGCAGCGGCAGAGCCACUCCAAAGAGAUUGAGAGCAAGGAUGAAGAGGUGGAGGAAAUCAGGCGGUCGUGCAGUAAGAAGCUCAAACAGAUGGAGGUACAGCUGGAGGAGGAGUACGACGACAAGCAGAAAGUCUUGCGUGAAAAACGGGAGCUGGAGUCCAAGCUUCUGAUUGCUCAGGACCAGGUUAGCCAGAGGGAUGUGGAGACGGAGAAGAGGCUAAAGAAAGACUUGAAGAGAACAAAAGUCCUUCUGGCUGAUGCACAGAUCAUGCUGGACCACCUGAAGAGCAAUGCCCCCAGCAAAAGGGAGAUUGUCCAGCUCAAAAAUCAACUGGAGGAGUCAGAGUUUACUUGUGCAGCAGCAGUGAAAGCUCGAAAGGGCAUUGAGAUUGAAAUUGAAGAUUUGCAUAUUCAAAUGGAAGAUGUGGUCAAAACCAAGAUGGCGCUGGAGGAGCAGGUCAGCCGUUUGCAGAGGGAGAAGAACGACUUGCAGUCUCGCAUGGAGGAGGAUCAGGAAGACAUGAAUGAACUGAUGAAGAAGCACAAAGCAGCAGUUGCACAGUCGGCGAGGGAUUUGAGCCAGAUCAGUGACCUGCAGGCCCAGCUGGAAGAAGCCACAAAGGAGAAGCAGGAAAUCCAAGAAAAGCUCCAUUCACUCCAGAGCCAGUUAGAGUUCCAAGAACAGUCCAUGGUGGAGAAGUCGCUCGUGAGCCGCCAGGAGGCGAAGAUCCGCGAGCUGGAGACUAAGCUGGAGUAUGAGAAGACUCAAAUUAAGCGCUUGGAGAGCCUAGUGGGCCGUCUGAAGGAGAACCUAGAAAAGAUGACUGAGGAGAAAAACCAACGCAUCACAGCAGAAAACAGGGAGAAGGAGCAGAAUAAGCGCAUGCAGAGACAGAUAAGAGACAUGAAAGAAGAAAUGGCUGAGCUGUCCAAGAAGGAGGGGGAAGCAAGUCGGAAGAAGCACGAACUGGAAAUGGAUAUUGAGAGUUUAGAGGCAGCAAAUCAGAGCUUACAAGUGGACCUUAAGCUGGCCUUUAAAAGGAUUGGGGACCUGCAGGCGGCCAUCGAGGAUGAGAUGGAGAGCGAUGACAAUGAGGACUUAAUCAACAGUUUGGAAGACAUGGUGACAAAAUAUCAAAAAAGAAAGAACAAAAUUGGAGAGGGGACAGAAACUGAUUCAGAAGUGGAAGACCGGGUGGAUGGAGUUAAGUCAUGGCUCUCCAAGAACAAAGGUUCCAGCAAGACUUUGUCUGAUGAAGGGAGUCUGAAGAGCACCAGAUAUGCAGCAAAUGCAGAUGCCACAGAGAUGAAAGAAGGUAAGGAGAAGAUGAGUGACGGCAGCAAAGAUAAGAAGGAAGUAGAGCAGAGCAGAUCAGUGUCUGUCAUGAGUUCCCUUAGCUACAGAAAACGCUCCAACUUGAAGGACUCCAUUGGGGGCACUGGAGACGAGAAUUCACUGUUCAGUACACUCAAAGAACAGCCAAACAUACCGGAUCACACUGCCAUGCGCAAAGCGAAGUCAAAAUCCGGUGAAAUCCAGGAAGACAGGAGAAAAACUCAGGUUGAAGAAGAUAUGGAUGACAACGGCUCCGUCAUCUCUAUGGCCUAUUCUGAAGCUACAAGCCGAGCCAGGAAGGGCUUAGAGUCCCGCUGGACCUCCCGUAGCACCCCUGAGUUUGAUACGGAGUCCAUGGUGUCCUCAGUAGCUCCAAGCAGGGUAUCCACUAGGAGGGGAAUGCUGGACAUGGAUGAUGACAAUAAGUCAACCAUUAGCAGCGUGAGUCGCGCAAGCCCCCGUUCUCUACGUCGCAGCAGCUCUUGGAAAGAUGACAAACGAAGCAGCUCUCGCUUAUCCGUCGCCCGCAGCUGUGGCCUCAGCGAAUUUGGUUUGCACGUAAAUGAUGAUGACGAUGCACACAGUGUGGCUUAUGGAGAAGGGAAACGUUCACCCUAUAGUCCCCGGUCUACUAGUCGCAGCUACUCUACUCCACCUCAACCACGCUCCUCAGACAGCAAUCCUCUCGAAGCUUCUGACAUUAAACCAGUCACACACCGAAACUACUUGGACCCUGACCUGGAGGCUGCAAUUAAUGAGGUGCUAAGCUUCAAGCCCAUUAAGUUCAAGCGUAGCAAACUGGACGAGUCUAGUGGUGACGAGGAUGAGAAGAAGGGCCAAGGAGGUGAGGACAGGCGAAAGAAGGGAGAGGAUGAGGGCACGUCAAGCUGGUCCAGCACCCCCCGGAGUCGUAAGGAUAAAAAAAGCAAAGUCUCAUCUUCUGAAUCCUCUUCCUCCUCAUCCUCCUCUUCCUCGUCUUCAGAUGGUCGUCGCAGCAGAAAGAGCACAAAGGGGAAAAAGGACAAGAAGUCCAAAAAGAAAUCCAAGAAAAAGCAAAGUGAAUCAGAGGAUUCCUCUUCUUCCUCUGAGUCGUCCGAGUCAUCCUCUUCGGAUUCAACUGUCUCUUAUCGAAGUUCCAACAGUGUUAAGAAGGGCCCAAAACAACAGCACGAUGAUGAAAAGGAGCGCUCAGCUCAUGGACAAACUAGCAAAAAAGAAACUAAGAAGAAGCAGAAGAAGGUGGAUAGCUUGGUGAUGAAGUACCUCUACAGGCCUGACAGUGACUGAUACCAACAGAAUAAGUCCCCCUGUGUACCGGAGACACAUGAGUCUUGGCAGAUCUGAUGAAGAGGAUGAGGCUGACAGAGACUCCGGCAGGCAGUCCCUGCGGCAAAGCAACAGCGACGGCUUAUUGAUUGAGAGCUCGUCGUAACCCCUCAGUCAGGCAACCUUGUUCUUUCAGCGACACCAAUCACACAGAAGGGACUCGCUUCGUCUCCCAGCACUGUGUUACCACUGCCCAGCAUGCAAGGACAGAGCAGAGAGGCACACAAUUCUUCACCCUGGACUUGUCAUCACGUUUAUUGUGGUACCUUUCAUUAGCACGAAGUAAAUUUCCUCCCACGGCUAAGUUGUGCCUCUUCAUUUUUACUUUAAACAACAUACUGAGUUAGUUACACAGCAAAGAAAAAAGAAAAAAAAAGAAAGUCAAGCACUAUCUAAAGAACUUUCUGCUGCUGCUGCUGCUUUAAUUUACGAGAGCGUCUUUUCAGGCAAAUUUAAGCUCCCCUCUGCUCUCUGCUCUGACUAUACACAUCGCUUUGCCAAGAGGAUUUAGAUAAGCUGCUCCGGCUGGACUCCUUCAAGAAGGUCUGACCAACUAUUAAGAUUAUUCUUAUCUUCUCUCCAUUCAUGUGGACUGGCACAGUGGGAGAAAUUAGCCAGUUUUCAAUUAGUUAUCUUGCUGUAAGUUUACACAGGGCUCAUGUCCUAAAUUAAGAUAUCUCUAUAUGAAUAAUGUUAUGACAUGAAAGUAAAAUAAAUUGUGAAAAUAAACGUGUGUGUGAGCAAAGCUGUUAGAUGAUUAAACAUGACCCUUUCUGUCACGCAAAAGGUAUUUAUAUAAUCUAUACAUGUGUAAGAUUGUGUCUGGAAUUAAAUGCUCUAAGUUAUGUUUAAAUGAGGGUUUUCUAAGGCUUGUUGAAAAGUGAAAAGUAAAGUUUAUGUAAUAUUUAUGCUUUAUCCUUAUCACUGAGUGGGAUUCACAUUGAAAUGCAUCAGAUUUUGCUCCUACAUGGGAGAAUUCUUGAGCAUUCAGCAUUAAUUAUUGUGUUCCCGUUCAUAUACAAGCUUUUCAUCAGAUCAUGUAGAUGCUGAGAUGCAAGAAUUAAUAUUGUAUUUUUAAGAUGCAUAGGGUGCAAAUUUCAUCUGCCUCUGACCAACUCCUGCUUAAUUGUUGGACACCCUGCAGAUUAAUGCCCCAGAUUCAAAGCAAUGUUUGAAUGUCAUUGGUUCCAGCAGUAAAAUACUUGUAUAUGACGUUUUUUCAAUGCUUUAUUGUAAUAAUAUUUUGGUGUGCCAAAAAACCAAAAAUCCCUAUUUCUAGAUUGUGUGUUUAUUAAAGUGGUUAAGUUUGA